AUACACGCACCAGAAAAGCUAAAGCUAAAAUUAACUUUUCAAGUUUUGCCGCCAAUCGAUCACCCUCCUCUCUUUCCCUGCAUCUCUGCCAAAUCCAAAUCCAAAUCCAAAUAAAUAAAUAAAUAAAAACAAAGAUUGUUGUGAAUUUGAAAAUGACAUCAACAGUUCCUUUCCAAAUAAUCGACGACGACGACGAAUUUGAUUGGGAGGCAGCAGUCAGAGAAAUCGAUGCCGCUUGUGAAAGAGCAAAUGACCCUUCAUCUACUACAAUUAAUCAAGCUUCUUCUUCCAAUUUUACCCCUCCCGUUAAUAUUCUUAAUCAUUCUUCUUAUUAUUCAUGUACAAAGACUGGGACUUGCAAGCAAUCCACGCUCGAUAAGUUUAUUGGCAGAGCGAGUCCACCGGUGAAGCCAACGGUUGAGGUCCGACAUCAUCAGGGUAAUGGCAUCAUCAACAGUGAUGGGAGGCCGUGUUGCGUUGAGAUUGAUGCCGAGGCAGCUAAAACUUGGAUUUACCCAGUCAAUGUACCUCUCCGAGACUAUCAAUUAGCUAUAACAAAGACCGCAUUAUUUACGAACACAUUGGUUGCAUUGCCAACUGGGCUCGGAAAGACGCUUAUUGCUGCUGUUGUUAUGUAUAACUACUUCAGAUGGUUUCCUGAUGAUUUGAUGGAAGGCUAUGGGUUAGGGAAAAAAUCUAGUGGUAAAAUAGUUUUUGCUGCUCCUUCUCGACCGCUUGUGAUGCAACAAAUAGAAGCAUGCCAUAAUAUUGUGGGGAUACCACAAGAGUGGACAAUUGAUAUGACCGGCCAGGUAUGCCCUACAAAAAGGGCAUGUUUUUGGAAAACUAAACGAGUUUUCUUUGUUACUCCACAAGUGCUGGAAAAGGAUAUUCAAUCUGGAACAUGUCUGGCAAAACACUUGGUUUGUUUGGUAAUUGAUGAGGCUCAUAGAGCAUCAGGAAAUUAUUCUUACUGUGUAGCAAUUCGCGAGUUGUUGGCCAUACCAGUGCAAGUGAGAAUAUUAGCAUUGACUGCGACUCCAGGAUCAAAACAGCCGGCUGUCCAGCAUAUCAUUGAUAACUUACAGAUAUCAGCUCUUGAAUAUCGUAAUGAAAGUGAUCCUGAUGUCAUUCCAUAUGUUCAUGACAGAAAGAUUGAACUAAUUGAGGUUGCAUUGGGGAAAGAAGCUGUUGAUAUUAACAAACGGCUUUUGGAAGUGAUACGUCCAUAUGUGGCAAGGCUUUCAACACUUGGACUUCUCCAGAAUAGAGACUAUCAAACAUUAAGCCCACCUGAUUUACUCAACUCAAGAGAUAAAUUUCGCCGAGCACCUCCUCUGGACCUUCCCCAGAACAGAUAUGGAGAAAUUGAAGCUUGUUUUGGAGGUCUUAUUACUCUUUACCACAUCCGUAAGCUCCUUUCAAGUCAUGGAAUAAGGCCAGCAUAUGAGAUGCUGGAAGAAAAGUUGAAACAAUGGUCAUUUGCAAGACUGAUGGGUAAAAAUGAAGAUAUUAGGAAAAUAAAGCUUUUAAUGCAACAAAGCUUGUCUCAUGGUGCACCUAGUCCCAAAUUGUCAAAAAUGUUGGAAGUACUUGUUGACCAUUUCAAAACUAAGGAUCCACAAAACUCAAGGGUUAUAAUUUUCUCCAACUUCAGAGGAAGUGUAAGGGAUAUAAUGAACACAUUAGCAACCAUUGGAGAUCUGGUUAAAGCAACUGAGUUUAUUGGUCAAAGUUCAGGAAAAGCAUUGAAAGGCCAAUCACAGAAAGUUCAACAGGCUGUAUUGCAGAAAUUUCGAACUGGGGGAUACAAUGUAAUUGUUGCAACAUCAAUUGGUGAAGAAGGCCUAGAUAUCAUGGAAGUUGAUCUUGUAGUAUGUUUUGAUGCUAAUGUAUCACCAUUGAGAAUGAUUCAACGCAUGGGAAGAACUGGAAGGAAGCAUGAUGGACGAGUUGUAGUUUUAGCUUGUGAAGGUUCUGAGUUGAAGGGUUACAUGCGAAAGCAAGCAAACAGCAGGGCAAUAAAGAAGCAUAUGCAUAAUGGGGGGAUAAAUAGCUUCAGUUUCCAUUCUAGCUCAAGAAUGAUUCCUCAUAUUUUUAAACCAGAAGUCCAAUUUGUUGAGCUGUCAAUUGAACAAUAUGUUCCUCGUGGUAAGAAAGUGAAGGAUGAUAAUAGCAUUCAGACACCCGUUUUCAAAGAAAAUCUAACUGUUGCAGAGACUGCUAUACUUGCCAAGUAUUUCCACCCCGGAAAUACUUGGACACCAUCUCUGAUUGCCUUUCCUCGUUUCCAAUCAUUUCCAUCCAGAGUGCACAGAGUAAUGCAUUCUCACCGUACGGAGAUGCUGAUUGACUCAAUGCAACAUUUGCAAGAUCUCCCUUUUACUAGGGAAUGCGGAGCUUUCUCUGCUGAGGAUGAAGCCUCUUCACGUAAGUGCUUGGAAGCUAACCCUGUUCAAGAAGGGGAUAAUGUCAAUGAAGGUAAUCAUCUUUUACAGCUCAAAAUGCUUGUACGCCAAACAUGUAAGACACUACUGUUUUCUGAAUGUUCAUGCUGCCUUCUCUGCAUUUUGGGUGUGAUCAGAGUAUCUUCGGAAGCUGAAAUAUCUGAUGACGAGGCAGAUGACCUGGGAAACAGUUCAAAUGAUGAUAGUUUCAUAGAUGACAGGAUAAAUCCAACAGUGGCAAGUGCUGAUUCCAAAGCUAGCAGAGCUGACAUGAUGGCAGUUUACAGGCGUUCUUUGCUCAGCCAAUCACCAAUGGCAAGGGAAUCUAGUUCUAGUGCCACCUUUACUCCUGAUCACGGGGCGUCUACAAGUAGAAUGAAUGGAAGUGGGAGCUCCUCGGUCAAGACACCUCAAACUGAUUCAGCCAAUCAGUCUGCUGGAAGGGAUUUAGGACCCUUCCAAAUCAACCAAGAGAGGAUCUCUGCAGCAAGGCCCUGUACAACCACUGAUUUUGAGAGAGAGAACGAGACAAGAUCAGAAACCAGGAAAGGAAAUUUUAGUUUUUGUCAAUCAUCUAUUCCUGUUCUGAACUUAGAGCAAAAGUUCUCUUCGCAGUCAGAGGUUCCAGAGAAAGCAUCAUUCCAGCAAGUUCCGGCAGACGAAAUUGAUGCCAAUGAGGACAUGUUCUAUGAUGAUUUUUUUGCCACUCUUGAUCUUGAUGCUGUGGAAGCACAAGCUACAUUACUUCCCAACCAACGAUCAGACUUGUCCGUACAAAAGCAGGAAGUGAUUCUAAAAUCAGACCCACAAAGUUCCCCAUCAUUUGAUCUUGGGAUAUUGUAAUGCAGUGAAAAUCUGUCUAGCUCGCCUCAUACCUUCAAAGACUUGAUGGAAGCAGGCAUUUUGAAAAUA